AUGCAGGAGACACCGUUCUGCCUCAGAGUUGGACACCUUCUCCCCUACUCCAUGUCUGAUUCCAACACAACCGACUUUACCAACCCCUCCACCUUCAUCCUGCUGGGCAUUCCUGGCCUGGAGGUGGCCCAUGUCUGGCUCUCCAUCCCCUUCUGUGCCAUCUACAUCAUAGCCAUCUUGGGGAACUUUACCAUCCUGUUCAUUGUGAAGAGGGAGAAGAUCCUACAUGAGCCCAUGUACUAUUUCCUCUGCAUGCUGGCCAUCACCGACCUGGUCCUGACUACAUCCAUCCUGCCCAAAAUGCUGAGCAUUUUCUGGUUCAAUUCCAGGGAGAUCGGUUUCAGUGCCUGCCUCGCCCAGAUACAUUCCACCAUCCUGACAAACCCUGUGGUGGCCAAGAUUGGCCUGGCCGUGGUGCUGCGUGGCGGCCUGCUCGUACUGCCCUAUCCCAUCCUGGUGAGGCAAUGGCCAUAUUGUAGAAGCUACAUCAUCCCCCACUCGUACUGUGAACUCAUGGCUGUGGUGAAGCUGGCCUGCGCCGACAUCCACGUCAGUAGUUACUACAGCCUCUCUGUGUCAUUCUUGGUGAUAGGUCUGGAUGUGUUUUUUAUUGCCAUGUCCUAUAUCCAGAUCCUCAGGGCCAUCUUCAGACUCCCCACAAAGGAUACCCGGCUCAAGGCUUUUGGGACCUGCAGCUCCCACAUCUGUGUCAUUUUAGCCUCUUACAUCCCAG